AUGUGGCACCGUGGUCUUCUCACUGGCGCAGCUUCUGCCCGCUUACUCUUGCACCGGACAUUUUCCCCCGCAGCGUCUUUGCAGCUUUCGCGUUCCAUUUUCAACUCGUCUCCGCUUCAAUACAGAAAAGCACGUGCUAUUGAGCUUAAAUACCACGACGGGACAUGUACAUUGGCAGUCCCUCUCCCGCUAAAUGGUUUCGACGAAGAGCGGGUUUUUACUAUCCCUUUCGAGACGACGGUGGCAGAUAUUAUCGCCCAGAUUGAAGCGGAGGAUAAAUCAGUACAGAGUGUAGCCAUUCGGUCUGCUAAAGGCGAACCGUUUGAGCCUGAAGAUACGCUACAAAAAGUACUGACGGAUGAUUUUGAGCUGCUGUUAAACGAUCAGGUGCUGCCUGUUCGAGCCCCUGUGUUCACUGGAUGUGCGUAUCAGAGUUUGGCUGAUGAUGGAAAUCUGGAUGUCCGAUCGGUGGUGCAAAAAGCUGCAAUUGUGAUGCUCCGCAGUGACUUGGAAGGACUGGGCAAGUGGACAAUUAGCUAUCCAGAGUUUAUGCACAUGUGUCAGGAAAGAGGCAUCCCUAAGAAACAGGCGUCCGAGGUGCUGCAGGCGUUUCACCAAUCAGGAAUCGUGUUUUACUUUGGCAAGUCAGACGAUGAAGAUUUGACCCACUCGGUGUUUCUGCAGCCACGCAGCAUAUUGGACUCAUACUUGGAAUCGAUUGGACUCUCACCGCUGUCGUCACAACUCUUUCAGCAACAGCGAGAGGCACUACUAGCGAAAAUACAGAUGCUGGAACCAGAACAUGUGGCACUCGUCAACUUGCGCCGAGAACUAGAGCUCACUGCGACGCGACAAGCAAAUAUCAUUGCGUACGGGUUGUCAACAUCACUUGUUGGAGUUUUUGGACUUUACUUUUGGCUGUCGUUCAUUCACUUUUCGUGGGACAUCAUGGAGCCUGUGACGUACUUUACGGGCUUUGGCGUCUCCAUUAUUGGCUUCGCUUGGUGGAGUAUUACGAACCGGGAAUACGAGUAUGAGAAUAUCUACGACUACGUCUACACUCGACGUCUUCGGAAGCAAAUAGCCAAGUCGAAUUUUAACCAUGAGCGGUACGACGCUUUAACGGAGGAGUUACGUCAGGCAAGAGAGCAAUUGGCGCAGGCAGAUCUCGUGCUUGGCAAAUCAACGCCCCUCCAGGCAACUUACUUACAUUUGCUGGACGUCAAGUGUGAAAGGAAGCCACCAAUUCCCAGCUCCACACUUGCCUACUAA